GAGCAGCAGGAAUGGAAAACAAAGCAAGACCAGCAGUACAGACGACACGAGCAGGAGCAGGAGCGGGAGCGGAUUACUGCCGGGCACAGGGUCGGGGUCAGAUUACUUCCCUUUGCUGCGGGCGUACGGCGGGAUCGGGAGUAUGUGCCUAUGUUUGGAAGUGUUGCGGGGGCGAAUUGGCCUGCAGAGUGCGGGCUGCCGAGCACGGGCGCGUCGUCGAAGCAGCAAGUGUGGUUGAUCUUUGGGGCUACAGGCACAAUAGGAAGUCAGAUCUGUCGGUCGGUGCUGGAGCGCGGAGACGUGGUUGUUGCAUGUUCGAGGAACGUGAUGACGUCUGUGACGGUGCCUCCGGAGUGGGCCGACCGGCUGCUUACGAUAGGGUGCGACAUUCGACUACGGUCGAUGGUGAAGGAGGUGGUGGACAAGACGCUGCAGCGGUGGAGUCGGAUUGACGUGGUGGUGAACACGGUGAGCGUGGGAGUUGUGGCGCCGUGCGAGGAGCAGGACGAGCACGAUGUGCGCGAGCAGUUCGAGACGAACGUGAUGGGCCUGUUUCAUAUUAUCCAGACGACGGUGCCGUAUAUGCGGAUGCGCGGGAAGGGGAGGUAUGUGAUUAUCAGCGGGAUCGCGGGGAUGCUGGGGGUGCCGGGCAUGGGGCCGUUUUGCGGGACGAAGUGGGCGGUGGAGGGGAUGAUUGAGACGUUUGCGUAUGAGAUUGAGGGGUUUGGCGGGAAGGCUACGCUGGUGUAUCCGGGAACGGUUGAGGAGGAUGCGACGACCAAGCGAGCGCCGGCAUGGCGGCACUUUGUGAUCAAGCCGAUGGGGGAGGAGUACCAGGGCACUCCGGCCGAGCACGCGCGGAGGCUGAUACUGUGGGUGUCGGCGCACCGGGCUACGGGGGUGGCCAAGAUAGGCGAGAUCAUAUGGGAGCUGGCGCAGUGCAAGCAGCCGCCGAUGCGGUUACUGCUCGGGUCCGAGACGGUGGAGACGAUGCGGAACCGGCUGCGGCAGAACGUAGAGGAGGUGGAGGACUGGAAGUUCCUGUUUACGGAGGAGGAGUAGAUAAAGAUGAUAAAGCGAUUACUAAGACAUUACAAAGUGCGGCGGCAGAGCAGGGUUCGGGUUUAUGGUCCGAGCGCUGGGCAGUUAAACGUUGCUUUUUCGAGCAGCGGCGGACAUUUUGUUCGAUCGGGGCCUGCUCGCGUCGAGUCAACAACUAAGCCGCCGUGCGUCUCGUCUUCUU